AUGCAGUGGGCAUAUAAAGAAAGCAAUUCGUUCGAGAAACGUCGCGCUGAAGGUGAAAAAAUUUGCAAACGGCAUCCUGAUAGGGUCCCGGUAAUUGUCGAAAGAGCACCAAAUGCACGCAUUCGAGAACUGGACAAAAAAAAAUAUCUGGUACCAUCCGAUUUGACUGUCGGACAGUUUUAUUUCCUUAUUCGAAAAAGGUCGCUUUUAUUUAACAAACUAACAUAUUUAACAAUCUUUUAUGAAAAUUCACAUAAUUAUCAUCUUUAUUGCAUUUUUUUGAAUCAAAGUGAAGAAAUUGAGAAAUUAAUUUUUGUUUAUAACAGUGUAAACGGUUUUGAGUAG